AUGAAUUUUAUUAAAACUAAUAAAAUUUUUGUAGUAUUUCUAUUUCUUUACUUAUCAUUUAUUCAUUUUGGAGAAAGUUUUUUAUCAAGUUUGAAUUUAGAAAAUCUUAAUAUUAUAAAAAAACGUGGUUUAACACUUGGUGCUACAGUACACCUUGCUAAUCAAUUAGAAAAGUUAAAUGAAUACAAUAAAAAAGAACGUGUAACAAAACAUUAUAGAAAACCUUCUGAUCCAUAUUCUUAUGGAAGAAAAUGA